CGAUGUUUAGACCGCCUUUUUCUGCUGUAAACACUGUUCCAUUGACCUGCAAUGGCAGUGUUGUUCAUAAUGGUCAAAAUAAAUUGUGGGGUUCUUGUGAUUUUGAGUAUAAUAACAUUGAAAAGGAGUGUUCUGGAUUGGAUCCUGGUUUGGCUUUCAGGACAAAUUUGAGUUUGCCUUAUGAAUCCGAACCGAUUUGGCCUUUGCCUGGUUUCAUGCAAAGGGCGGCAAACAGACAUUUCAGCAAACAACUUCAAUGGUGAAUUUGUCAUCAAGAACUUCAUCAACAUCGGUACUGAAUUUUCAAAUGGAGUCCCCUUCAAACCAAAGCUAUUAUGGAAAUUGUACACCUUUAUUGCCUGAAGAUGAUAAGGUGGUUGGCAUGAAGAGAUCAUAUCCCUUUUCUCUAGACAAUGCUCCAGGUCCCCCUAUCUGCAGAAAAUAUCCUCCCAUUGUUCAUUCCAUUAAUGGACAAGUUGAAGCAAUUUCGAGUAGCAACGGUAGCACGUUCAAUUUCGAACCUGGCACCCUGAGUUUCAGGGAAGGACCUUCAUGUUCACCCUCAAACAUGGAAUCAAAAUCCAAGAAAAGCAUCAAACAAAAAGGGGUCUUUGAUGGAGAUUUUCUCACAUUAGCCCCUCCAACAACUAAACCGAUGUGUUCGAGCUCGAAAUUCAAGCACCCUUCGGCUGUUUUACCCUAUUACAAGUGUGAAUUGCCCGACCUCGAAUCAUUAGCUUAUCAGGCAAGCUUCGAAGAUCCGGUUGUCUGGCGAGGAGUUGGCAGAGUAAACCAGUCAUAUCGACCUUAUUACAGCUUCUUACCACCAGCAACGGUGCAAAUUGACAGAGCAACUACAAUAUCUAUGACCAAUUGUAAAGGUGGAGAAGUAGGAGGACAUGUUGAUCUCAAUUUGAAGCUAUAA